CCCACCCACUGCACACAGCCUCCGUUGCGUCCUCCCCAGCCCCCCGGUUUGCUGCGGCGGUUGACCCGACUGGAUCUCCAUGGCUGAAUAACAGAUUAAAGUCGGGGGCUUGCUUUGGUGGUUUUCUCUGAGGGGGGUUGCUAAGUUGCGGUCGAGACCGUCGGUGGCGGCGGCGGAGGAGGAUGGCGCUGGCUCUGGAGGAAGUGUGGGGCAGAGUGAAGAACGUCUGCAAGCAGAACGGCCUGCUCAUCCUGUCCGUGCUGGCCGUGGUCAUCGGCUGCCUGCUGGGCUUCUUCCUCAGAGGCAAGCAGCUCUCCGAGCAGGAGGUGAAGUACUUCCAGUUUCCCGGUGAGCUGCUCAUGAGGAUGCUGAAAAUGCUAAUCUUGCCUCUUGUCGUUUCAAGUUUGAUGUCAGGUCUCGCUGCCCUGGACGCCAAGUGCUCAAGUCGCUUGGGCAUCAUGACCAUUUCCUACUACUUGUGGACCACCUUUGUUGCCGUGGUGGUGGGCAUCCUCAUGGUGUACAUCAUACAUCCGGGCGGCGCCGCCCAGAAGGAGGACUCUGAGGACAGCAAGAAGCCCAUGACGAGUUCUGCCGAUGCGCUGCUGGACCUCAUCCGCAACAUGUUUCCAGCCAACUUGGUUCAAGCUACAUUUCAACAGUAUCGGACACACAGAGUGUCCGAGCUGAUCCCCAAGCCAACGGUGGCCCAGCUCCUGGACGAGACCACCACGCGGCGGGUCUACAUCUACGGCGUCCAGGACGACAACGGCACCGACGUCCAGAACUUCUCCUUGGAUCUGACGCCGCCUCCCGACGUCAUCGUGAAGACGUCGCCCGGGACCAGCGAGGGCAUGAACGUGCUGGGGAUUGUUAUUUUUUCUGCAACUAUGGGAAUAAUGCUGGGAAGGAUGGGACCCAAUGGAAGCGCGUUGGUCAACUUUUGCCAGAGUUUGAAUGAAGCGGUUCUGAAGAUUGUUGCCAUUGUCAUUUGGUAUUUUCCCUUCGGCAUCGUCUUCCUCGUUGCCGGGAAGAUCUUGGAAAUGGAUGACCCAUCAGCCAUGGGGAAGAAACUGGGCUUUUACGCCAUCACUGUGGUCAUGGGCUUGGUGCUCCAUGGUCUUUUCAUCCUCCCUGCCAUGUACUUUUUCAUCACCAAGAAGAGUCCCAUAGUGUACAUUAGAGGGAUUUUGCAGGCUCUGCUCAUCUCUCUCGCCACCUCCUCCAGCUCUGCCACUCUGCCUAUCACCUUCAAGUGCCUCCUAGAGAACAACCACAUCGACCGGCGCAUCAUCCGCUUCGUGCUGCCCGUCGGGGCCACCAUCAACAUGGACGGCACUGCUCUCUACGAGGCCGUGGCAGCCAUCUUCAUCGCCCAAGUGAAUAAUUACGAGCUCGACUUUGGGCAGAUCAUCACCAUCAGCAUCACCGCCACGGCCGCCAGCAUCGGCGCAGCCGGAAUCCCGCAGGCCGGACUCGUCACCAUGGUGAUCGUGUUGACCUCCGUGGGUCUACCCACCGACGACAUCACUCUCAUCAUUGCUGUUGAUUGGGCCUUGGAUCGAUUCAGGACCAUGGUAAACGUCAUGGGCGACGCUCUGGCUACCGGCAUCAUGGCUCACAUCUGCAGAAAGGAUUUCGUCAAGGAGGGGGAGCAGGUACCCCUGAUCUGUGAAACCAAACCCAUGAUAAGCAUCCAGCAGAUGAUGACGUACCAGAACCAAAAGAACGGCUGCUACCAGCCGCCGCCGGGCAGCCGGCAGGACCACGUGUCCCCGGACGUGGCCCGCCUCAUCCAGCUGGAGGAGGGCAUCCGGCCGGUGGAGAAGAAGAAGCAUGGCCACGGCCCGCACCACAAGCGAGAGCACAGAGACAAGGACCACUGUUCUGUGGACAUGAACGGCCUGGAGACCAACGUCUGAGAGGACCGGGCCGCUUUGGAGCUCCGGUUCCGACAGACGGAAGCAGAGGGGACGGCGUCGCGUUCACACCGAGACUGGAACCAGACGGAAAAUAUUUAAAAAAUAAAAUAAAACAGACUUCUUUUCUUUUUUCUUUUUUUUACAUAACCUGUAUAAUGACCCACAUUAUAUUCUUGAUGUUUAUGUGUAAAUAUUUAUCAAAGAUAUCAUAUUCAGCUGCAGCAGCAGCAGCGACAGCGUGCUGCGAGACUCGCAAACCGCAGAUGAAUAAUGCAACAACAACAAGAACAACAAACAAAAAGAAAUAAGCGAAGCAGAAGAAAGUUGUCAGAUAGUAAUGCAAGGCCUCUGGAUUCUUCUGUGGACUUCAACAGACACAAAAAAAACAAAACAUCAUUUCAUAGAUAUUUUUAUUUAUUAUGUAUUUGGAAUGUUUUAGCAUAAUAAUAACAACCGGAUUUUAUACAUUUCUUUUAUUCUUAUUCCGACUGUUCACAGCCGCAAUGGAAAAUGUUUCCUCGUUAAAGAAGAUGUGAUUAAACAUGCAAGCAAAGAAAAAAAAACGAAAGAAAGAAAGAACGGUGUGGUGCAAAAACAGGAUGUUCUGGCUGUGAGGCGUGUCUGACGGUUAAAACAAGACGUUUCCUUCUGCUUCUCUGCCUUGUGAGCCUCCAGGAUCCUCCAAAUCCUUCCAUUAUUAAUGCAAAACAAGAACUUGAACGCCACGCUUCCUUAUCCAUCUCUCCGACAUUCCUACACCAACCCCCCUUUUUCUUUUUCUUUUUUUGCCUUAAACGACCGACAGGAGAAGCAUGUUAGCCCUAGCGUAGCCACCAUCAAGCCAGCCGACAAUCACAACCCAGGCUCUGUUUUUCUUUUACCGUUCAGCCUCCACUCACGUCCAAUUCCGUAAAAAAUUCACAGCUUCGAUUAAAGUAAAAGUGGUCCGACUCAACUAUGACAAGAUUUAUUUCCUAAUAAUUUACAAGCAUGUGUGGUAGAGUAACAUAUCUAACCGUCAUGGUAUACAAAGUACUGGAUGUGUAAUCGAAUCACUCUAAACUGCGAUAGCAGCAUGGAGGUCAGUCAUAGUGUGACCAUGAUGGCCAUGAUUUAACUCAUUCCUCUCUGAGUUAAAUGUUAAGCAGCGUAUUUUGAUUUAAAAUGUUAAGGAGAAUAUGGUAACAAAAAACUUCCUUAAAACACGUUUUAAAUCGGAGCGAGGUGGAAGAAAACCGACAAAAAUCCAUCCCAUGGUCCAUUCCUUCAAAUGGAUCAAGGAAUGGUAAAAAGAGGAUACAAUAAAAUUAAGAAAGAAGCCCCGCCCCUUUUGUGGAAAAAAUGGGAUGGGCUGAAAAACUGAAAGAGUUAAAGAAAAUGGCGCAGAAUGAAUAUUAUUGAAAAGUAAGUUCAUUUCAGGAAUUUUAUCACUAAGUGAAACACAUUAUAGAGCUUCAUUGAUGGUUGUAGCUAAUAAAAACAUGUUUUCAUUAGCUUGCAGCUAAUGUAAUAAAACGUUUGAAAUGUUUGAAAUUAGAAUAUUACAGACUACUGAAAAAAAAAAAUAAGUAUAAACAGAAACAUUGGCUCAAUGAAACAUGUCCAACACCUGCAUAAAGGUUGUUAUUUUCAAAAUACGCUUUUAAUCUGAAAA